GUGUAACCCUUUGAGUGGAGCUCUGGCAGAGUUGUUUCCCUCCCCAGAAACAGUGCCCGUAGCGGGGCUACGUGACAGGUACGGUUCGGCUGGGCCCCAAAAAAAAAUGCCCGCCGGCACCCCGGGCGCCCACCCCUAGGCUGCAGAGGGCCAGCGGAGGCAGAGAACAAACUCUCAAGAGGCAAUCUCUUUUUAAAAUGCCAUCUUGUUCUUCCGACUGCUGCCUUUUACGUGCCGUUGAGGAUGUAAAAGUCUUUAGUGAAGAUGGAACAAGCAAAGUGGUCGAGAUUCUAGCAGACAUGACAGCCAGGGACCUCUGUCAGCUGCUCGUUUACAAAAGUCAUUGUGUGGAUGAUAACAGCUGGACUCUAGUGGAGCAUCACCCUCAUCUAGGAUUAGAGAGGUGCUUGGAAGAUCAUGAGCUCAUAGUUCAAGUCGAGUCCACAAUGGGAAGCGAAAGUAAAUUUUUGUUCAGGAAGAAUUAUGCAAAAUAUGAAUUUUUCAAAAAUCCCAUGAAUUUCUUUCCAGAGCAAAUGGUUGCCUGGUGCCAGCAAACAAAUGGCAGUAUCCCACAGUCACAAAUUCUGCAGAACUUUUUAAACUCCAGUAGCUGCCCUGAAAUUCAAGGUUUCUUGCACGUGAAAGAGAUGGGUAGGAAAUCAUGGAAGAAAUUGUAUGUGUGUUUGAGGAGAUCAGGACUUUAUUGUUCUACAAAAGGAACUUCAAAGGAGCCAAGACAUUUGCAAUUGUUGGCUGACCUAGAAGACAGCAAUAUCUUCUCGUUGAUAGCAGGCAAGAAGUUGUACAGUGCACCCGCAGAGUAUGGAUUUUGUAUAAAGCCCAACAGAGUAAGAAAUGAAACUAAGGAGCUGAGGUUGUUGUGUGCUGAAGACGAGCAAAGCAGGACAUGCUGGAUGACAGCCUUUCGACUCCUCAAGUACGGAAUGCUACUGUAUCAGAAUUACAGAAUUCCCCAGCAGAGGAAAGCCAUGCUUCCACACUUUUCCACUCCAGUAAGAAGUGUAUCUGAAAACUCACUAGUAGCAAUGGAUUUUUCGGGGCAAAUAGGAAGAGUUAUUGAAAAUCCUGCUGGAGCACAGAGUGCUGCCUUGGAGGAAGGACAUGCAUGGAGGAAACGUAGCACGAGAAUGAACAUCUUGGGUAGCCAAAGUCCGCUCCAUCCUUCCACACUGAGUACAGUUAUUCAUAGGACACAGCACUGGUUUCACGGCAGAAUCUCUAGAGAAGAAUCUCACAGGAUUAUUAAGCAACAAGGGCUUGUAGAUGGACUAUUUCUUCUCCGGGACAGCCAAAGCAAUCCAAAGGCAUUUGUACUUACGCUAUGCCAUCAUCAAAAAAUAAAGCAUUUUCAAAUCUUACCAUGUGAAGAUGAUGGACAGAUAUUUUUCAGCCUGGAUGAUGGGAACACCAAAUUCAGUGAUCUAAUCCAGCUUGUUGAAUUCUAUCAACUGAACAAAGGAGUCUUGCCCUGUAAACUAAAACACCACUGCAUCCGUGUGGCCUUAUGACCCCAAAUCUGACUCUCACUGAAGACUGGAUUUGCUAGAAGAGUAAUUGUAACAGAAUGUUGACAUCGGGGAAUUGGCAGAUUUGUAAGUUGGUAAAAAUAAAUAAAAAUAUUAUGCACCUUGGG